CGUUGGUUUCAGAGAAAAAACGAGGGAAAUUCUGACUCGGUCCGAGUCAGAUUCUACCGUUGAAAACUCGCUCGGACUCUCUUCCUGUAACUCAUUCGACGCUUGGAUUUAAGGGUAAACUGGCAUCUCACAAUGAAGGCUCUUAUUCUGGUUGGAGGUUUCGGUACUCGGUUGAGGCCAUUGACACUCAGUGUCCCAAAGCCACUUGUUGAUUUUGCCAACAAACCAAUGAUCCUGCAUCAGAUUGAGGCUCUCAAGGCUAUUGGAGUAAGUGAAGUUGUUCUAGCGAUCAAUUACCAACCAGAGGUGAUGCUGAACUUCUUAAAGGAAUUUGAGACAAAACUUGGAAUCAAGAUAACGUGUUCACAAGAGACAGAACCACUUGGCACUGCAGGUCCUCUGGCUCUGGCAAGGAACAAACUGAUAGAUGAUAGUGGUGAACCAUUUUUUGUUCUUAACAGUGAUGUUAUUAGUGAAUACCCUCUCAAAGAGAUGAUCGAAUUCCACAAAUCCCAUGGAGGUGAGGCUUCCAUUAUGGUAACCAAGGUUGAUGAGCCGUCAAAAUAUGGUGUUGUUGUUACGGAAGAAUCAACUGGGCAAGUUGAAAAAUUUGUAGAAAAACCUAAACUAUUCGUGGGUAACAAGAUCAAUGCUGGGAUUUACUUGCUGAACCCAUCUGUUCUUGAUCGAAUUGAACUAAGGCCCACCUCAAUUGAGAAAGAGGUCUUCCCGAAAAUUGCAGCAGAGAAAAAGCUCUAUGCUAUGAUUCUACCUGGCUUUUGGAUGGACAUUGGGCAGCCGAGGGAUUAUAUCACUGGCCUGAGACUCUACCUAGACUCUUUGCGAAAGAAAUCUUCAUCUAAAUUGGCUGCUGGACCUCAUAUUGUAGGAAAUGUUUUGGUGGAUGAGACUGCAAAAAUUGGAGAAGGAUGCUUGAUUGGGCCUGACGUUGCAAUAGGACCUGGCUGUGUGGUUGAGUCAGGAGUUAGACUCUCGCGCUGCACUGUAAUGCGUGGGGUCCGCAUCAAGAAACAUGCUUGCAUUUCCUGUAGCAUCAUUGGUUGGCACUCCACUGUGGGGCAGUGGGCUCGUGUGGAGAACAUGACCAUUCUUGGAGAGGAUGUUCAUGUCUGUGAUGAAAUUUACAGCAAUGGAGGUGUAGUUUUGCCCCACAAAGAGAUUAAAUCUAGCAUUCUAAAGCCAGAGAUAGUUAUGUGAAGGUAUGGUGUCUGUUCAGGGUAACAAGUUAUUAUGAAUGUGAUGUGCGUUUGUUUUUCUCUUGUAGUUCUCCUCCUUUGCAAGUGUAAAAUUUAGUGUCUGAUAUGAAGGGUCUAAACUUUAAAUAUGAAUAUACAAUCAGUGGUGUGAGCUCUGUAAUUUUUUUAGUGUAUAUAGAAAUAAAUUAUUUGGUAGUUUUUCUCUU